AUGAGCACUGUCCUUGACCGAGGUGCUGAAGGACACCCCGCGGCGUUCUGCUACCAGGGGAAUGGGUCUUGCCCCAGGAGGGUCCAUCCACUGGGCAUCCAGUUGGUGAUCUACCUGGCUUGUGCAGCAGGCAUGCUGAUUACAGUCCUAGGAAAUUUGUUUGUGGUGCUUGCUGUGGCCUACUUCAAGGCACUUCACACUCCCACCAACCUCUUGUUGCUUUCUCUGGCCCUGGCUGACCUGUUGCUGGGUCUGCUGGUGCUGCCCUUCAGCAUCAUUCGCUCCGUGGAGAGCUGCUGGUUCUUCGGAGACUUCCUCUGCCGCCUGCAUACCUAUCUGGACACCCUUUUCUGCCUCACCUCCAUCUUCCAUCUCUGUUUCAUUUCCAUUGACCGCCACUGUGCCAUCUGUGAGCCUCUGCUCUACCCCUCCAAGUUCACAGUCAGAGUGGCCCUCAGGUACAUCCUGGCAGGGUGGGGGGUGCCAGCAGCUUACACUGCCUUAUUCCUCUACACAGAUGUGGUCGAGAGAGGGCUCAGCCAGUGGCUGGAAGAGAUGCCUUGUGUGGGCAGUUGCCAGCUGCUGUUCAACAAGUUUUGGGGCUGGUUAAACUUCCCUGUGUUCUUUUUCCCCUGCCUCAUCAUGAUCAGCUUGUAUGUGAAGAUCUUCAUGGUUGCUACCAGGCAAGUUCAGCAGAUCAACAUCUUGAGCAGAAGCCUGGCUGGGGCUCUUAAACGUGAAAGAAAAGCUGCCAAGACCCUGGGCAUCGCCGUGGGCAUAUACCUCUUGUGCUGGCUUCCCUUCACCAUUGACACGAUGGUUGACAGCCUCCUUAACUUUAUCACACCACCACUGGUCUUCGAUGUCUUUAUCUGGUUUGCUUACUUCAACUCAGCCUGCAACCCCAUCAUCUAUGUCUUUUCCUACCGGUGGUUCAGGAAGGCGCUCAAACUCUUCCUGAGUCGGGAGAUCUUCACACCGCGGACACCCACUACUGAUUUGUACCAAGAAUGA